UCACUGGCCUCAAACUGCAGGCCCGGAAGCGGAAGAGCCCAGAGCCUGGUUUGGCCUUGGGAUUCGCCACAGGGUACGUCCGGUGUGAGCUAGUGAGGAAAUCCUGGGGCCUGUGGAGUAGCAGAAGAAGAGCGCCGGAGAAGAGCGCCUGCAAGCGCAGGAGGGAGGAAGCUGGGUGCCCAGAGCAAAGAGCGAGCGGACAGGCAGCUGCUGGGCGAGCAGGACUGUGCAGGGUCCCUGGAGGCUGGACCUGCUGGGCGCUGCUGUCCUUCAGGCCAGGGUGCGCUGGGAGCUCGGGCGAUCCCCAGGUGAGGGCAGCGGCUCCGCCUGGGGAUUCCACCUCGAUAGAACUGGGCAGAUGCCGAGCGGGGAAGGAUGCUGUCCCCGCUGCUCCCCAGUAGCAUCCUGAACAGUUGCAGCAGCAGAAAACACAGCUGGAGCUGUCGGUAAAGUCGCCCAACACCUUUCUCCGUAGUGUUCGAGUUGACAAAGCCAGAGAACAGAGCUCUGCAUCCGAAUCUCCUUCGAGCUCUUUUUCCACCUGAAUAGGAGCGGAUUUAUGGGAAAACAUGCCCUGCGCUCUUUCUUGGAGGAACUGGAGACAGUGGAUUCGCCCCUUAGCGGUGGUCCUCUACCUGGUGUCCAUAGCGGUUGCGGUUCCCCUGUGUGUGUGGGAACUGCAGAAACUGGAGGUUGGAAUACAUACCAAGGCUUGGUUUAUCGCUGGAAUCUUCUUGCUGUUGACGAUACCUGUAUCGCUGUGGGUGAUCCUACAACACUUGGUACAUUACACACAACCAGAACUGCAAAAACCAAUAAUAAGGAUUCUUUGGAUGGUACCCAUAUACAGUUUAGAUAGUUGGGUAGCUUUGAAAUAUCCCAGCAUUGCAAUAUAUGUGGAUACCUGCAGAGAAUGCUAUGAAGCCUAUGUCAUUUACAACUUUAUGGUAUUUCUUACCAAUUAUCUAACUAACCGGUAUCCAAAUCUGGUGUUAAUCCUUGAAGCCAAAGACCAGCAGAAACAUUUCCCUCCUCUAUGUUGCUGUCCACCAUGGGCUAUGGGAGAAGUGUUGCUGUUUAGGUGCAAAUUGGGUGUUUUGCAGUAUACAGUUGUUAGACCAUUCACCACCAUCGUUGCUUUAAUCUGUGAGCUACUUGGUAUAUAUGAUGAAGGGAACUUCAGCUUUUCAAAUGCUUGGACUUACUUGGUUAUAAUAAACAAUAUGUCGCAAUUGUUUGCCAUGUAUUGUCUCCUGCUAUUUUAUAAAGUACUCAAGGAAGAACUGAGUCCAAUCCAACCUGUUGGCAAAUUUCUUUGCGUAAAGCUGGUGGUUUUUGUUUCUUUUUGGCAAGCAGUAGUGAUUGCUUUGCUGGUUAAAGUUGGAGUCAUCUCAGAAAAUCACACAUGGGAGUGGCAAACUGUAGAAGCAGUGGCUACAGGACUCCAGGAUUUCAUUAUCUGUAUUGAGAUGUUCCUGGCUGCUAUUGCUCAUCACUACACUUUCUCCUAUAAACCGUAUGUCCAAGAAGCAGAAGAAGGCUCAUGCUUUGAUUCUUUUCUUGCCAUGUGGGAUGUUUCAGAUAUCAGAGAUGACAUUUCUGAGCAAGUAAGGCAUGUUGGACGGACAGUCAGAGGACAUCAUAGGAAAAAAUUUUUCCCCGAGGAACAAGAGCAAAAUGAACAUACAAGUUUGCUGUCAUCCUCAUCACAAGAUGCGGUCUCCAUUGCCUCUUCCAUGCCGCCUUCACCCAUGGGGCAUUACCAAGGGUUUGGACACACUGUGACUCCCCCGACUACACCCACUACAGCUAAGAUAUCGGACUAAACUUCAGAUAAAUCCAUGGACUCCUGAACAGACUGUAAAAGCAAACUGUGCUACUACCAUGAUAAUUCACUACCUGGUAUCCCCUGGCUCAGGAUUUUGUGCUUAGGACAAGCCAUAUAUGUUGGAAAUUUUCAACGUAAGGAUAGGGGAAAGCCGGAUCAAAUACUGGACUUGAAUAGACAUAUAUAGAUAUGUUUUGUAUAUCACAAAUAAACCGUCCAGAUUUCUUAGACAUAGACUUGAUUCCUUAAACUAGAGCAUCACAUUCUCAAAUGAUAGAAGAUGACUCCAGCUAAAUGUUUCUGACGUUGCGUUGCUUUUCCAAGAGGAUGGACGUAAAAACCAAUGCUUCCUACUGCUGCUGCAUGAAUAUAAUGCGCUGGAAUUAACAGAAAGCAUAAUUCAGAAAUAUGAAAUAGCGGAACUUAAUCAUGUGCCAUAUAAGCU